GGAAGUUAUUCAAUAUUAUAAAACAUGUUUUUAACUUCGAUCAUCUUAUCUUUGUGUCUUACCAAUGGUGAGGAUAUUCAUUAUAUUACUCCAAAUAAACAAGAAUACAUCAUAUUGUCCAAUCUAGGCAUCACCCUUUCACACGAAUCUAUAAGCUUUAAAGUGAAAGCUAGAAGUGACGUACAUUUUGCACUUAUUUCUGGAAACACUGAAAAUGACCAACUCUAUGAAAUUGCUAUCGGUGGUUGGAGAAAUACAAAAUCAGUAAUAAGAACAUCUAAACAAGGUGAUCCUGUCGAUUCAAAACACGGUACAUUUUUAGACGAUGGAGUCUUUAAAGUGUUCUCGAUUAGUUGGUAUGGCGACACUAUUAAUGUUGGAAAUGGUGAGGAUGUUGUCGCUGGGACAAUAUUUCUGACAUGGACCAAUUCAGAUGGGUUGGGGCCAAUCCUUAAUGCUGGAUUUUACACGGCGUUUGGCUCAACAGGGGAGUGGAUAUUUUAUAAACAAGAUGUGAAAACUGCAAUUACAACACAAACAGAAAAGACAACUGGUCUUACAUCACAGAUGACAACUGAACGCACAUCAUCACGGAUGAUAACUGACCGCAUAUCACAGCCGACAACAAUGCCAUCGUGUUUAUGUCCAUGUUCAAAGAUGGGAAAAUGGAGUAAUCUUGAGUCACAAAAUUUAACAAAAGAAGAGUUAGCGGUUUUCUUAGCAGAUGAAAUAGAAGCAAUAAAAAAGGAACUAUUAGUAGAAAUGAAAUCUUCCUCGAAAUACAUCCGGACAAUUACUUCAGCUCCAGAUGAUAGAAAAUCGUCAAAAUCUAUGGGAUUUGGUGCGAUUGUUUUUAUGUGUGUACCUCUUGCUUUAAUAGUAAUGUCGGACAUUUUAAACUUAUAUCUGUUUUUAACGAGGCGGUAAUUUAAGCUGUUAGGUCAGUGCCUAUUCAAUGUUGUCUUGGAAUUCCUUGUUUCAGAAUCUAAAUUAUUGUGGAUAAUUUUAUUGUUCGUACUCUGAACUGAAAAUGAAGUCACAUUAUUGGUUGAUUGUCCAUUGUUUGGGAAGUCUUUAACCAAUCACGACGUUUUGUGUAUUACAUGUUUUAAAGAUAUUACCCAGAAUGCAUUAUCAUUCUGAAAACAUCAAUUGUUGUGAUAUUCUGAAAUUUUAUUCACUGGAGUAUGCUGCAUCAUGAGUGCAUAUGUAUUAAGUGAACGUUACGUUAUGGUACUUGCUGACCAGUAGAUCAGUAUAUAAAUUGUUCUGCACUUGAGAAUGUUUACAAUUUUGGUGGCAUAAUUAGUUACAUAUACGUAAAUAUCUAAAAGUAUGAACAAGGAUAUUAAACAACAUCGCAUGCAUUCUACGACCCAACAUGAAGCCAUACAUUGGAAUAUUUCAGUAGGUCUGAUGACAUUUCAAAUUUUGGAUAGAAGUGAUUGAUACAUGUAUAAAUGGGCAAAUUGGAUCUUGAUAUUCCUUGAAUAUUAUAUUGCUAGUUGUAGAUUACAAAAACUUUGGAUUUUAACUGCACUGUAUGUAUCUCGUACCAUUGCAAGCUCGUACCAAUGUCAACUUGUACCACUAAAAGCAAACUCGAACCACGGUAAAUUCGUACCAUUGCAAUCUCGUACCAACUUGUUUAAAUGCACGAAUAAAUAUUUGAAUUUCACUAAAUAACUCAUAAGUCUGUAAAAAGUAUAUUAUUUGAAAUCACGAUUACCAAUUUGUAGCUGAUUGUUCCUUGUCUAAUUGGAUGAAGAAAACUAGCAGAUUGGCUUUGUUGUCUCCCUUGAACAGUUCCAGUAUUUAACCUUUACUGAUAAAUAUUUGAUUUAAUGUUUAAUCAUUGCAAAUUAGUUAACUUGAAUAUAUUGUGGUACUAGUAUUUAUAAUUUGUCUCUAAAAAGGAAAUUUAUUUAUAAGUUUAGAAUUGUUUAUGACCAUUUUAGAAAAUUUGAAGUUUAUAUAUAUAAUAUUUAGCUAUCACAAUCAAUAUGCUAUUUCAUAAUAAACAUAAUCAAAAGAUCUGAUGGGCUGUUUACUCGGAUAAAGCCAAGAUAUGAUGGCUGGCAAAUGAAUCAAAUAAAUGUUCUACCUCCAUAUACACUACUAGCAAUUGCUUUUUCAAGCCAAAUAUCAAACAUUUCAGCCACAUUUAAGAAGUUAACAUACUAGUAUUUAACAUGUGAUCAAUUGUCUAGGUUCUGUGGGCAUAGAGGGUCGAAAGGGAUAACAAAAAAAGAUAAAUGUGUUUUGCACCGUACUGGAUUAUACAUUUAAUGAAUGCCAUUCGAUCAGACGUGAUUGUGUCUAAAACAGAUUCCCUUCCCCAAUACAAGACUGGAGAAGUUUAUGUGACUAUAUAUAUUUUCAUAUUAUGUGUAUCUUGCUUGUGUAAACAGUAUGGCAUGAGUAGACCUUUUUUGUCCUUUGAUUAGUUUUGAAUAUUUCGAACUUACUCGCUGUUUCUUAAUUAUGCCAUGACCCCACCACUAAAUUCAUGUAAUUUCUACCAUGUAUAUAGUAGUAUUUGUUUUUUUGUCUUUAUGAAAUGUUCGAACGGAAGAGGUAAAUCACAGAAGCAUAUUUUGAUUCGUUUAGUUUAAUCAGUAGUGGAUCAAGGAUCAUUCUAUUAAAAAGGGGUGUGGUUACAUGUCAGUUAGGGGAGGAGGAAGGAACCAAACAUUCUUUUAUACUAAAUACUAAUAUUUAAGAUAUUAAUAAGGAGAUAAUUAGUAAAGCAGUGGUACGAGUUCGCAAUGGUCCAACUUCGCAGUGGUACGAGUUAACAUUGGUACCAGUUGACUUUUAGUGGUACGAGUUGAUAUGGUACGAGUUGAGUUGCUUCCGAUUAUAUAUAAGUACUUUGGAUGUUCAUGUCUCUGAGGAUCACAUAAACCUUUGACUUUUGGGAACUUUUUCAAUUAGGAUUUUCGGACAAUAAAGGGAGAUAUCUGUUGUUAUUCUGCGGUUUACAUGUUGUAAUGUACUAUUAUAUUAUUUAUUUGUACUGUAUUCCUGUCACGUAAUGUUGUCAUUUUAGCGGUAUUUUUAACAUUGCCAUAUAAGCGGGAGGUUUGGCUAGCCAUAAAACCAGGUUCAACAGAAAAAAUGUCCUGUACCAAGUCAGGAAUAUGGCAGUAGUUAGUUAGUCCGUUUCUAUGUAUGUUGGCGUUUGUUUUUGUUGCAGUUCAGUGUUUCUGUUGUUCCGUUGUGUUCCCCUUAUUUCCCUCGGUUUAAGUUUGUAACCCGGAAUUGUUUUCGCUUAAUCGAUUAAUUUUAUGACUAUUGAACAGCGGUAUACUACUGUUGCUUUUCUUUAAUAUAUUGUUAACAAAACA